GGAGGGAGCCUCCGGCCGGGGCUCUGGGAGGGGGACACCCCGGCGCCCCACCACACCCCACCACACCCCAUCCCGGGGCUUCGGGCCCCGCCAGCGCCGCUCCUCUUCCUCCUCCUCCUCCUCCUCAUCCUCCUUAUCCUCCUCCUCCUCCAGACUUCUGAGAACAGCAGACAAUAUCUUCUCCUUGUGGUUUCAAGAGGUUCAUUUGAUGAACUGGAUGUCUUUUGAGUACUGGAAAUUUCAGCUGCGUUAGAAGCUGGUACAUUAAAAUAAAGUGUCACACAUCCAAGAAGCUUGGAGCAUGGCUAUGAGCAAUGGAAACACUGACUUUGUGCUUCUGAGCAAUGGCAGCAUCCCACCCAGUGCUAACAGCUCUAGUCACCUUACAGCCAGUGAUGGAGACAUUGCAAUCCAACAGCUGCCAGCCAAGGAAGCGCCAAGAACGAAAGUGAGUCUAAAUGGAUGCCUCCAAGUUAAUGGUACAAUAAAGCCAUCCUUUCUGCCUGUAGACAACCAAAGAACUCCCCAUAUGUUAUCCCCAUGCUGCCAUCCUUGCCCUUUCCAUCACCCUUUCAGUAGCCACAGCAGCCACCAAGAGUGUCAUUCCCAGCCUGGCAGCACGGCUCCAUCAUCUUUGACUUCGUGUUGCAUGCAGCCACACCCAGAGUAUUCCACAUCCAUCUGUCCAAAUCAUGCGGCCGUGUACCAGACUACCUGCUGUCUUCAACCCUCCCCAUCAUUCUGCCUUCAUCAUCAGUGGCCUGACCAUUUUCAGCAUCACCCAGUGCAGCAGCAUAUAUCCAAUAUCAGGCCAGCCAGACCUUUCAAGUUACCAAAAAGUUAUGCAGCCUUGAUAGCUGAUUGGCCUGUGGUGGUACUAGGCAUGUGCACUGUACUGAUCGUGGUCUGUGCCCUCGUUGGAAUAUUAGUGCCAGAUCUUCCUGAUUUCUCUGAUCCAUUGCUGGGUUUUGAACCCAGAGGAACAGCAAUAGGUCAGAGGCUGGUCACAUGGAAUAACAUGGUGAAAAAUACCGGCUACAAAGCAACCUUAGCAAAUUAUCCUUUUAAAUAUGCGGAUGAACAAGCCAAAAGCCAUCGAGAUGACAGAUGGUCAGAUGAUCACUAUGAGAGAGAGAAAAGACAAGCUGAUUGGAACUUCCACAAAGACAGCUUUUUCUGUGACAUUCCAAGUAACCGCUACUCAAGAGUGGUGUUUACCUCAGCAGGAGGAGAAGGCCUAUGGAACUUGCAUGCGAUUAAAUCAAUGUGCAAUAUAGAUAAUAUGAAGAUCAGAUCCCAUGCCCAAUUUGGCGAUCUCUGCCAGAGGACCACUGCUGCUUCGUGUUGUCCCAGCUGGACCCUGGGCAACUACAUUGCCAUUCUAAACAAUAGAUCAUCCUGUCAAAAAAUCGUAGAAAGAGACGUUUCCCAUACCCUGAAGCUGCUUCGUACGUGUGCCAAAUACUACUACAAUGGAACCCUGGGACCGGAUUGUUGGGAUAUGGUAGCCAGAAGGAAGGACCAGCUUAAGUGUACAAACGUGCCUCGUAAAUGUACAAAAUACAAUGCGGUUUACCAGAUCCUCCACUACCUAGUCGACAAAGACUUUCUGAGCCCAAAGACAACCGACUUGGCUAUGCCAGCUUUAAAAUACAGCAUGCUCUUUUCUCCUACGGAAAAAGGCGAAAGCAUGAUGAACAUUUAUUUGGACAAUUUUGAGAACUGGAACUCGUCAGAUGGUAUAACCACCAUAACAGGAAUUGAGUUUGGAAUCAAGCACAGUUUGUUUCAAGAUUACCUUUUAAUGGAUACCGUGUAUCCUGCCAUAGCUAUUGUGAUUGUCCUCUUAGUCAUAUGUGUCUAUACCAGGUCCAUGUUUAUCACCCUGAUGACCAUGUUUGCAAUAAUUAGUUCAUUGAUUGUUUCAUAUUUUCUCUAUCGAGUCGUCUUUAACUUUGAAUUUUUUCCUUUUAUGAACCUGACUGCACUAAUCAUUUUGGUUGGGAUUGGAGCAGAUGAUGCUUUUGUCUUGUGCGAUGUUUGGAAUUACACAAAAUUUGAUAAGCCUCAUGCUGAAACAUCUGAAACAGUGAGCAUCACCUUGCAACAUGCAGCUCUCUCCAUGUUUGUAACCAGUUUUACCACUGCAGCUGCCUUUUAUGCCAAUUAUGUUAGCAAUAUCACAGCCAUCAGGUGCUUUGGCGUUUAUGCGGGAACUGCCAUAUUGGUGAAUUAUGUGUUAAUGGUAACCUGGCUCCCUGCGGUGGUUGUACUUCACGAGCGGUAUCUCCUCAAUAUAUUCAAUUGCUUCAGAAAGCCCCAGCGGCGACUAUAUAGCCACAAAAGUUGCUGGACAGUGCUGUGCCAAAAGUGCCACAAAGUUGUUUUCACCAUUUCCGAGGCAUCUCGAAUUUUCUUUGAGAAAGUGUUGCCGUGUAUCGUCAUUAAGUUCCGCUACGUUUGGCUGUUCUGGUUCCUUGCCUUAACCGUAGGCGGGGCAUACAUCGUCUGUAUUAAUCCAAAGAUGAAACUCCCAUCGUUAGAGCUCUCUGAGUUCCAGGUGUUCAGGUCUUCUCACCCCUUCGAACGCUACGAUGCAGAGUACAAAAAGCUUUUCAUGUUCGAACGCGUCCACCACGGUGAGGAACUCCAUAUGCCCAUCACGAUAAUCUGGGGCGUAUCCCCCGAAGACAAUGGGAAUCCGCUAAACCCUAAGAGUAAAGGGAAGCUGAGACUAGAUAGCAGUUUCAACAUUGCCAGCCCCGCUUCCCAGGUCUGGAUCUUGCGCUUUUGCCAGAAGUUAAGAAAUCAGACUUUCUUUCACCAAACAGAUGAACAAGACUUUACAAGUUGCUUCAUUGAGACCUUCAAGCAGUGGAUGGAAAACCAGGAUUGUGACGAGCCAGCUCUUUACCCAUGCUGCAGCCACUGGAGCUUUCCCUAUAAGCAAGAAAUUUUUGAGCUGUGCAUCAAGAGGGCAAUCAUGGAGCUUGAAAGGAGCACUGGCUACCAUUUGGACAGCAAAACCCCAGGCCCGAGGUUUGACAUUAAUGACACCAUCAGGGCUGUAGUGUUGGAGUUCCAGAGCACCUACCUCUUCACCUUGGCGUAUGAAAAGAUGCAUCAGUUCUACAAAGAGGUGGACUCGUGGAUUUCAGACGAGCUCAACUCAGCACCAGAAGGCCUGGCGAAUGGCUGGUUUGUCAGCAACUUAGAGUUCUAUGACCUUCAGGAUAGUCUGUCAGAUGGCACCCUCAUUGCCAUGGGCCUUUCCGUUGCGGUUGCAUUCAGCGUCAUGCUCCUUACGACUUGGAACGUAAUAAUCAGCCUUUAUGCAAUCGUGUCAAUAGCCGGAACUAUAUUCGUCACGGUCGGUUCCCUGGUUCUCCUUGGGUGGGAGCUGAAUGUGUUAGAGUCUGUCACAAUUUCGGUAGCCGUGGGCUUGUCCGUGGACUUUGCGGUCCACUAUGGGGUUGCUUAUCGGUUGGCUCCUGACCCUGAUCGAGAAGGGAAGGUGAUCUUCUCUCUAAGCCGCAUGGGCUCUGCGAUUGCCAUGGCUGCGCUGACCACUUUCGUGGCUGGUGCGAUGAUGAUGCCCUCCACCGUUUUAGCUUACACCCAGCUUGGCACUUUUAUGAUGCUAAUAAUGGGCAUCAGUUGGGCUUUUGCCACCUUCUUCUUCCAGUGCAUGUGCCGGUGCCUCGGGCCCCACGGCACCUGUGGCCAGAUUCCGUGGCCCAAAAAGCUACAGUGUAACACCUUCUCCCACGCUCUGUCUACGAGUCAAGAGGACAAGGGCCAGAGCAAAGCACGUACUCUGAACAAAUACCAGUUGGACUCUCGAGGUCAGAAACCUGACCUAGAGCAUGAGUUUUUUGAGCUGGAGCCUCUGGCAUCACAUAACUGUAGUACUUCGGAGAAGGCGGUAUAUGAAGAAACCCACAUUUGCCCUGAAUUUUUCAAUGGCCAGCUGAAGAACAUGGGCACCCCUAUACUUGCCACCUAUAACAGUGAGCUCAACAAAAGCAUCAGAAGUGAAACUGGCUCUGCCUUGGGGCAGCCCUCUACUGAACAGCACUCUGUAUGCCAGCUCUUCCCCAUGAACAGGAGAAGUAGCUGCCCAAGUGCCUACAAGCAGGUGGGUGUGAGGUGCCCUCCUCACUCAUGUCAACAGUUAGCCAACUGCCUGUGCUACCAGUGCAUUCCUGGGACUGGAAACUUCAUGCAAAUCCAAAAUAACGUGGCCCCCCCAAGUGCUGCACCACAGGCCACUGGAGGCUUCGUGCAUCCCGUUGAGCAUGUCUGUCACUGCCACUGUCUUCAAGGACGAAUAAGAAGACCAGUAAUGCAGAACUCUCUGCCUAGAAAUUUUUUUCUCCACUCAAUCCAACACAUCCCCUCGCAUGAAAGAAUUAACAAGACAAAUGCACAUAGCAUCCAGAGCCCAGAGGAAAACUCGAAGACUCCUCCAAAGACGACAGACUCCCUGCCGGUUAUCUGCAGAAGCACUGGGUCUUUAAUAAAUCCGUGCUGUGAUCCUCAGAGUAGUACAUUACCAAACCAAAGGGAACUCCUCUGUAAAAAUGGAGACACUUGUGAUGUUGGAAGUACGGAAGUAAAUGGGAAUGAAAACACGGGCACUUAUUUAGUGAAACAGGUGGACAAGCCUGAAAGCGUGGCGGAUCAGAGUCUACCACAGACUGAUGUUAUGGUAAAUUCAGAACAAGGAAACCAAAAUGACCAAAAGCUCAUAUUGAACAGUUCUAUGACAGCGAUUGGUUACAUGUCUUGCCCUAAAAAUUCACUGUGUUGUAACAGAAUUGUAAAAAUAAAGUGCAGUUCUGUUGACUGUCAGAUGCCAAACAUUGAAGCCAAUGUGCCUGCUGUAUUAACCCAUUCAGAACUUUCCAAUGAAAGCUUGUUAAUAAAAACACUAUAAGUAUUAAGUUUAGAAAUGGCUGUCUCCUUUAAUAUAGAAAUUAACAUUCAAAGGUUGGAAGAUAUGUCUGAAACCAAACACUAAUUUUUCACAUUGCCGACAUUUAGAAUUGGAAUAUUGUAUGUAGAUGUGUGUGCACCUCGGCACACGUGUUUCCUUCAGUUUUGAAGAUGAAACUCUUGAUUGUAUCCAUGUGCGCAGGUGGGAUUGAAAAGAUCAAUAAUGUCACAUGCUGCACACAUAUAGAGCUCCCUUGGCUUUGUUUUUUCAGUUUCUGGAGCCUAUUUGAAUUUUACUUUUUGGUGCCCAGUCUUUCUGGAAACUUAAAAUACCCACCUUGUUGUUGCAUGCCUAGUUGGUCUGUCGGUAACUGCUAUUUCCCAACUAUCCCUAGGUAUGCUGCUUUGCUUACUGUUGUGCUUUGUCGCAUCUUUAACUGUUUCUUUGGCCCUCUUUUCUUGUGGUUCCUCCUUUAACUCACUUUAAAGCCGCUGUUUGGGGAUCCUGAUCUUUUCCCAUAAAGGAGUGAUAGGCUGGUAGACUAGCUGUUUUGGAAGACCACUUUGUCGAUGAUCCUUUCUUGACAUUUGAUUAUUAUUGUGGAAUUUAUUACGGAAUUAUUCUCUGCUAAAUUCUGGGUCAGAUAAAUCAGACACAAUCCUUGGCCCUCACCAGGCUCACAAUUGUAAGAGGUAAACUGUCUUGUCCCCAUUUUACAGAUUAGUUGUUCUAAGUAUAUCUAGCAAGGGGAGAGGCAGAUGUUGCCACUUAAGCCGUUAAGCAGAUUGCCUCCUUUUAGGAAUGGCUAAAAUGGAAGAGUUUACAAAGCAGUCAGGAUAUUGGUAUGACAUCAGAGGGUUGUAAGCCACCAGCUCUGGUACUAGAAGAAGGGAGAUUUCUACUAGGAAACUUUCUUUUUGUGGUAGAGUAGUUGGGCAAGAGCAAAGACCCUUCCCGAGAAGGGAGACACAGCAGUUUGUGAAGCGAAAGCUGGACCAUAAGGCUAACACUGUAAAAAGAGAGGCCUGGGGAGGAAAACGGAGGCAGGCAGGCUGAGUAGCAGGACAUUCAGUGCUUCCCCUGCCAUUUGGUAGGAGAGUGAAUGAACGAGGCCUGUGACCUUCCUAAAAUUCUUAAUCUAAGUUAUUUUCCUGUGAAUUAUUCAAACGGGGACAAGGUGGAUGGAGAGGAGAAGGAGAUGGGGGUCAUGGUGCUGUUCUCCAGGAUCUCGUUGAACAGAACUUGUUUAAGUGGGUUAUCUUUGAUGUUUAAUUGUCAAUUAUUUAUUGGUCUGUCUUUCCCCUCCCCCUAAUCCCCACUAGAUUGUGAGCUGUUUGUGGACAAGUUCAAUCUUCAGUUAAAAUUUUCUUUGUAUAUCCUCAUGUGCUUAAUUCAGCUUUAUGCGCAUUGUAGGUGUUUAAUAAAUAUUGAUGAAAGUGAUGAUGCUCCAAAAACCGGA